AUGGAGGCUCAAUGCCAGUGCGGGGGAGUCUCGUUCAAGACGCCGCUCCCGAAACCACUCGCGCUCUACAUCUGCCACUGCGCCGAAUGCCGCCGGCAAUCCAGCUCUGCAUUUGGCACCUCGGCCAUAUUUCCUCGAUUCCAGCUCCCGAAGAGCGAGCUGUUGUCUUGCUAUACGCGGCCAUUAGCCUCGGGCCACUCUUUGCAGUGCUACUUCUGCCGUCAGUGUGGCACCAGGCUCAUCCACACGACUCCGAACAAGAACGUCGUAUCGAUCAAGGGCGGCUGCCUAGAAGGUCUAGACUGGAAAGCCGCGAUCCAUAUAUGGACCAAGUCGGCCAUGGUGCCGAUCCCCGAAGGUUCGGAGUGCUAUUCUGAAGAGCCGUCAGAGUCCGACUACGGCGAGGCACAGGAGACGCUGGACCAACCAGGUAUGCUUACAGGGGCUGGAGGGAUAGAUAUGCCGGCGCCGAAACUGACAGAGGGGGCCGAGAAGCUCUCCACCAUUAGGGGUGCCUGCGAGCUGAGUGGUGGUGUAUAUUGA